AACAAGAGAUAUGGGCACACAGUCUGGGGGUGAGGUAGGGCAUGGCAUAGGGUCCCUAAAAAGUUCUAAAAAAUUCACCAUCACUGCUCUAGGUCUACUAUUGAGAGGAACUCAAGGCCAGAAGGAGCCCCAGUUACUGCAGCCUAAGGAUCUUGUGACUGUGACAGUGGGAGAGGUGGUCACUCUGAACUGCACAGUGACUGAUGCUGCAGUACCAGGACCAGUCAAAUGGUUCAAGGGGACAGGACUCCAGAGGAAGGAAAUUUACAAUUUCAAAGGAGGCUCCUACCCUCGGAUAAAGGCAGUAGUCCCAUCUAGCAACACAGACUUCUCUAUCAGCAUCAGCAACAUCACUCCAGAGGACACAGGCACCUAUUACUGUGUGAAGUUCAAGAGGGGGAAUCCUGACACAGAGUUUAAAUCUGGUGGGAGCACCAAGCUGAUUGUGAGAGUUAAGCCAUCCAUCCCCUUAGUGUCCAGCCUCUCAGGAAGGACCAAUCCAAAUAAAAAAGUGAAUUUCACCUGCAUGGCAAUGAGAUUCUUCCCCAGAGACAUCACCGUGAAGUGGUUUAAGAAUGGAAAUGAGCUCUCUGCCCUCCAGACCAACAUUCUCCCUAUUGGAGAUAGUAUCACCUACAAUGUCACCAGUGAUGUACAGGUGCUUCUAACAUCUAAGGAUAUCCUCUCCCAAGUUACCUGUGAAGUGAUGCACAGCACACUACAGAACCCUCUUCGUGGGACAAAGAACUUGUCCCACUACCUCCGAGCUCCACCUGAAGUAACUGUUUCCACACAGUCAGCCCCCUUGAACCUGACAAAAGUCACUUGCCACGUGAAGAGGUUCUAUCCUCCAAGUGUGAAGAUCAUCUGGCAGGAGAAUGGCUACUUGUCUGGGGGAGAGGAGUCAUCGCUGCUCACAGAGAACACGGAUGGGACCUACACUCAAGAGAGCUCCAUGCUGGUGAACACAUUUGUGCAAAAAGAAGAGAGGGUCCUCAUCUGCCAGGUGGCACAUGAUUUAGGGCCUCUGGUCAGUGCCAGCGAGACACUAAGAGCCUCUUAUUAUCUUGUGGUUGGGUCUGGACUCUCACAAGCUACUAGAUACUUCUUCAUAGUGAGUACUCUGGGGAUGAAGAUCCUGUUCCUGCUCAGCCUCUCAACAAUCUACAUCCUGAGGAAGCACAGGAUUGCACAGCUAAAGGAGCCACCUGUCCCUUCAGAGCUUCUCAGUCUUCAAACAGGGGUCUAACAUGGAAGAGGGGUCUCCACUGAGUCUCAGACUCCUAAACCUGAUUUCUCAGUGCUUUCCCUUUCUUUUCAUAAAUAUCCAGCAGCCAUUGCUCCUAAUUCUUCUGUCUUCAGAGAACCCUCCCUCAUAAUUGUUGAGCCCAAGCUCCUGAAAAUGAACCUGGGAAGUGAAGAUGGUCCCAGAACUUAGAAGUUCAGAGAUUCCAAACUGGUCCCCCUUAUUCCAAAAGAGAAAAGUAGGUAGUCCUAGAAAUCAUGGAACCAUUUGACAAAGAUAUUGUUAAGAAAACAAAAAGGGGGGCAGAACCAAGUUGGCAGAGAAGAUACCCCAACCUACCUGAUCUCUACUAAAUUUCACUCUAAAAAACUGUGAUAUAAUGCCUCAAUACAAAUUCUAGAGCAGCAUAACCCCAAAAAGAUGGUGUGAAAUAAUUUUUCAGUCCAAAAAUAAACCUAAGAAGGCCAGCACAAAAGAUCUAGCACACCACAGUGGAAGUGGAACUGAAGCAACACAGCAAGGCAGGCCUUAUCUCAGCAACAGUUGAAUCAAUAGCAAAGGCUUCCAGAGUUCUCAGUCACAAAUGGUAAGAGGGGGUUGGGCAACUGCUCAGAAGGAGAUUACAAGGAUCCUUUUGCUAGCUCUGGGAGCAAGACUCUUGUUACACUUCCCAAAUAUAGUCCCAGGUAGCAGUUCUGGGUUAGGGUCUCAGGGUAAGGAAUAGUAUUGGUAAACACCAGUGCUUGCAGUCAUAGUAGAACAAGGAAUCAGGUUCACAGUUCCUAGGGAAAGACCAGGAUAGAACUGCAGGCUGAGAGUGUAUUAAACACAUCUCUUCUUACAUCAUACCAACAUGAAAGAACUGAAAGCAGAUAGAUCCCCAGAGCUAUCUCUGAAGGUACUGACACAAAGAACCUGAAGCUUGAAAUAUUGCUCCCUUCUCCAUAGUUAUAGAGCCUGCCUUUAACAGUUGUUUUAAAUUAAAAGGAAAAGUUAGGAAAAUAAGCAAACAACAAAAAAGAAAUUCAACAUAGAAAGUUAUUUUGGUGACAGAAGUCUCAAAGUCAGAAAAAGACAACAAAGUCAAUUCUGUUGCAUUCAAAGCCUCCAAUAAAAAUAUCAAGCGCUCUUAAGUCCAAAAAGAAUUCAUGGAAGAACUCAUAAAGGAUUUUAAAAAUCAAAAUAAGAGAUGUAGAAGAAAAAUUGGGAAAAGAAGUGAGAGUAAUAUAGGAAAACCAUUUUUUAAAAAAGCUAAUAGCUUGAUAAAAGAUGCACAAAAAUACUAAAGAAAUUAAUAUUUUUAAACAACUCUGAGGUAUCACCUCACACCAAGCAGACUGGCUAACAUGACAGUUAUGGAAAGUAAUGAAUGCUGGAGGGAAUGUGGCAAAGUAGGGACAUUAAUUCAUUGCUGGUGGAGUUGUGAACUGAUCCAGCCAAUCUGGAGGGCAAUUUGGAACUAUGCCCAAAGGGUGAUAAAAGAAUGUCUACCCUUUGAUCCAGCCAUAGCACUGCUGGGUCUGUACCCCAAAGAGAUAAUGGACACAAAGACUUGUACAAAAAUAUUCAUAGCUGCGCUCUUUGUGGUGGCCAAAAAUUGGAAAACGAGGGGAUGCCCAUUAAUUGGGGAAUGGCUGAGCAAAUUGUGGUAUAUGUUGGUGAUGGAAUACUAUUGUGCUAAAAGGAAUAAUAAAGUGGAGGAGUUCCAUGGAGACUGGAACAACCUCCAGGAAGUGAUGCAGAGUGAGAGGAGCAGAACCAGGAGAACAUUGUACACAGAGACAAACACAUUGUGGUAUAUAAUCGAACGUAAUGGACUUCUCCAUUAGUGGCAGUGUAAUGCCCCUGCACAAUCUGCAGGGAUCAAGGAGAAAAAAACACUAUCCAUAAGCAGAGGACAAACUGAGGGAGUAGAAACACCGAGGAAAAGCAACUGCCUGACUACAAUGGCUGAGGGGACAUGACAGAGGAAAGACUCUGAGUGAACACUCUGAUGCAAAUCCUAACAACAUGGCAAUGGGUUCGAGUCAAGAACACAUAUGAUACCAGUGGAAUCACGCGUCGGCCACGGGGGGUGGGAGGGAGGAAAAGAAAAUGAUCUUUGUCUUUAAUGAAAAAAGCAUGGAAAUGAUCAAAUAAAAUACUAUAAAAUUAAAAAAAAAAGAAAUUAAUAUUUUUAAAAAGUAGAAUAGGCCAACUGAUAGAAGAAGCACAAAAACUCACUGAAGAAAAGAACUUCUUAGAAGGCAGAAUUGCCUGAAAAAUGAUAUACAAAAAAAGCACUGAAGAGAAAAACUUUUUAAAGGACAGAAUUGGCCAUAUGGAAAAAGAGAUACAAAAGCUCACUCAAGAAAAUGAUGCCUUAACAAUUCGAAUUGGGCAAGAAGAAACUAAUGACUCAUGAGAUGUUAAGAAACAAUCAAAGACGAAAGAAAAGAUAGAAGAAAAUAUAAACUAUCUCAUUGGGGGAAAAACAAUUGACAUAAAAAACAAAUCCAGGAGAGAUAAUCUAAGAAUUAUUGGACUUACCUGAAAGUCAUGAUAAAAAAAAAAAGAGAGAGAGAUUAGACAUCAACUUUCAAGAAAUUGUCCAAGAAAACUGCCCUGAUACGUCAAAAUAGAAAUUGAAAGAAUCUGCUGAUCACCUUCUAAAUAACUCCCAGUAAUAUUAUAGCCAAAUUCCAGGACUCUCAGGUCAAGAAGAAAAUAUUUAAAGCAGCCAAAAAGAAAUAAUUCAAAUAUCAUGGAGCCACAAUCAGGAUAACACAAGAUAUAGCAGCUUCUACAUUAAAGGAUCAGAGGGCAAUAUGAUAUUCCAGAGGGCAAAGGAGCUAGGACUUAAAUCAAGAAUUAUUUACCCAACAAACUGAGCAUAAUCCUUUGGGGGGGAGGGGUGGAUAUUCAAUGAAAUAGAGGAUUUUCAAACAUUCCUAAUGAAAAGAUCACAGAUGAAUGGAAAUUUGACUCUCAAAUACAAGACUCAAGAGAAGCAUAAAAAUUAAACAGUUAAGAGAAAUCAAGAGACAUUCAAUAUGGUUAAACUGUUGAUAUACCUGCAUGGGAAGAUGACUUUUGUAACUUCUAGGAACUUUAUGAUUAAGGUAGUUAGAACAAAUAUACAUAGGCAGAGGACAAGAGUGUGAGUUGAACAUGAUGAAAUAUUAAAAAUAAAGCAUGAGAAAGAGGAAUGCAUUGGGCAGAGGUAGAAGGGGAAAAUAUUAAAAUUAUCACAUAUAAAAGUUAUAUAAGAGCUUUUUUAUAGCAGAGGGGGAUGGUGGGAGAGAUGAGGGGAGCACUUGAACCUUACUCUCAUUGGAAUUGACUUAAUAAGGGAAGAACAUACACAAGCAAAUGGAUACAGAAAUCUAUCUUAUCCUAUAGGAAAGUAGGAGGGGAAGGGUAUGGAAGAAGCUGAGAGAAAUGAUAGAAAAGGCAAAUUAGGGGGAGAUGGUGGUCAGAAACUAAACGGGGGGAAAUAGGAUAGAGUGAUACAUAAUUAUAAUGGUACAAAAAAAGUUUUACAGGUCUCUAAUAAAGGCCUCAUUUUUCAAAUACUUAGAGAAAUGAGUCAAAUAUAUAAGAAUAAAAGUUAUUCCCCAAUUGAUAAAUGAUGAAAGGCUAUGAACAGAUAGUUCUCAAAGUAAUUAAAGCCCUCUAUAGUCAUGUAAAAAUACUCUAAAUUACUAUUAGAGAAAUUCAAAUUAAAACAACCCCAUACCUAUCAGAUUGGCUGUUAAGAUAGAAGAGGAAAAUGACAAAAUAUGGAGGGGGUGUGGGAAAAUUGAGACAAUAACACUCUUUGGGGGAGUUGUGAACUGAUUCAAUCAUUCUGGGGAUCAAUUUUGUCCUGUGCCCAAAGUGCUAUAAAACAGUACAUAGGUUUUGACCCCAAAAUACCAUUACCAGAUUUGUAUCCCAAAGAAUUAAAAAACAAAAAGGGGAGAGACCUAUAUAUACAAAACUAUUUAAAGCAGCUCUCUUUGUGGAGGCAAAGAAUUAGAAAAUGAGGUGAUAAAUAAACCCUCAAUUGAGGAAUGGCUCAAUAAAUUAUAGUAUAUGGCUGUAAUGCAAUAUUAUUGUGCUGUAAGAAAUGAUUAGGAGGAACUCAGAAAAACCUGGAAAGACUUAUAUGAACUAAAGCAGAGUGAAAUAAGAACCAGAAGAAGAUUAUACACAGUAACAGGCCUACUGUAUAAUGAACAACUGUGAAUAAGAGCUCUUCUCAGGUAUACAAUGACUCAAAACAAUCCCAAAGGACUCAAUAAAAAAAAAUGCUGCUUCUAAAGAAACAA